AUGACCAUACCAAUACUGAUUUCCAUCAGUAUUUGGACAUCAGUGCUGCAGGCCACUUCCCAGGUGGCUAAGUCGGAGCCCGGACCUCAACUGACCGUCACCAGCCUACAGCCCGUACACAUCACACAAGAGGUACAGUGUCAGCUUCAGCAGCUGCCGAUUCAGCAUGUCUACACUAACCAGGUGCAAUAUGUGGAGGCAGGAGAACCCAGUUACACCACCAGCACCAUUCGCUCCGCUAGCUUCACCUACUCCGAGGCUCCUGCACUGUACACUCCUCCUCCGCCGGCCAACAACCCCGCCUCCUACUACGAGGCCCCUCCCACUUCCUCAUCGCCCAACACACCGACCCUGGCCACGCCCCUCACGGUCGCCGUGACGACAACGAGCUUGUCGCCGGGCGCCGUGUCCAUGUUCGUGGCCAAUCCGGCGGCCUCGUCCGGGGCAGGGGGCGGGGCCUCGACAGUAGUGGUUGCCGGGGGCGACGGCGGCGGCGGUGGCGGCGCGGCCAAUGGGAACGGCCCGCUGCCGGGGGAAGGCGGGGUUUCUGACGGCGUGGGCGGGGCCUAUGUGAUCCAGGGCGGGUUUAUGCUCAGCGCUGGCGGCGGGGGCGGAGCCAAUAGCAACAGCAGCAGCAGCAGCACGAACAGCAACAGCAGCGGCCAGAGCUACGCCACACACACGCACGCGCACACACACACGGCCUCCGCCUCCGCACGCGCCUCCCCCGCCACCGUGAGUGUGUGUGAGGGCGAGGACAGCAGUGUGCCGUCGGCAGACAAGAAGGUGCAGUGGUUGCUGGAUAACUAUGAGACUGCGGAGGGUGUGUCUCUCCCGCGCUCCACUCUCUACUGUCACUACCUGCUGCACUGUCAGGAACACAAGCUGGAGCCGGUCAACGCCGCCUCCUUCGGGAAACUCAUACGAUCCGUCUUUAUGGGCCUCAGGACCAGGAGACUGGGGACACGGGGCAACUCUAAGUACCACUACUACGGUCUCCGCAUCAAAGCCAGCUCCUCUCUGCUGAGACUCAUGGAGGAUCAACAACACCUGGCCAUGAGACAACAACCCUUCACACAGAAGCAGAGGAUGAAGCCGGUGCAGAAGGUGGAGGGCAUGACCAAUGGCACGUCCUCCUCCAGCUCAGCGUCCAGUCAGCAGCAAGGGGGCGGCGGCCUGUCUGACAUCAGUGCUCAGGUGCAGCACUACCAACAGUUCCUAGAUGCAGCCCGUGUGCUACCUGAGUUUCCAGAGUUGGAGCUUCAGACUCGAGCGCUUCCAGACGGAGUCACCAUGGAACACAUACGCAACUACCAGCUACUGUACAGGGAACACUGCGAGGCUAUCAUGGACGUCAUGGUGAAUCUGCAGUUCCCCCUGGUCGAGACUCUGUGGAAAAGCUUCUGGAGGUUCACAGAGAACCAAACACCCGACACACACACACUGGCCGUGCAUGACGAGUCAGAGCGUAGGCUUCCCAAGGCGAUUCUGGUGUUGCUGUGCAAGUUUGAGCCGGUGGUCAGAUGGAGUCGAGACUGUGACAACUCACUCUACCAAGCACUCGUGGAAAUACUCAUCCCAGAUGUACUGAGGCCUAUACCCAGUGCCUUAACCCAGGCCAUCCGUAACUAUGCCAAGAGUCUGGACAGCUGGCUGACCAACGCCAUGGUCAGCGUUCCUGAAGAGAUGGUCCGCAUCAAGGUGGUGUGUGCGGGUGCGUUUGCCCAGACUCUGCGGCGCUACACGUCUCUUAACCACCUGGCGCAGGCUGCCAGAGCCGUUCUGCAGAACACCGCACAGAUCACCCAGAUGCUCUCGGACCUCAACCGCGUAGACUUCGCCAACGUACAGGAGCAGGCCUCCUGGGUGUGUCGUUGUGAGGACCGCGUAGUGCAGCGUCUUGAGCAGGACUUUAAGCUGACGCUGCAGCAGCAGAACUCUCUGGAGCAGUGGGCGGCCUGGCUGGACGGAGUCGUCUCCCAGGUCCUAAAGCCCUACCAGGCCACCGCCGCCUUCCCCAAGGCCGCCAAGCUCUUCCUGCUCAAGUGGUCCUUCUACAGCUCCAUGGUGAUAAGGGACCUGACUCUGCGUAGUGCUGCGAGUUUCGGCUCCUUCCACCUGAUCCGUCUGCUGUAUGAUGAGUACAUGUAUUACCUGAUCGAGCACAGAGUGGCCACCGCACGCGGCAUGACCCCCAUAGCAGUCAUGGGAGAGUUUGCCAGUCUCGGCCAAAGCCUUAAUCCUCUGGAUCCAGACAAAGAAGAGGAAGAGGAAGAGGAGGAGGAGAGUGAAGAAGAGUGUGUGGAGUUGUCCCUCCCCCCCGACGGCGUAUCCCUUGGCAACCAGACUCUCGAACCCCCAGCCAAGCUACCGCGCACCGAGAGACUGCUCAACUAGACGCGCACACACACACACACACACACACACACACACACACACACACACACACCGAGAGACUGCUCAACUAGACACACACACGCACAAGCACACACAAACACACACACACCUAGAGACUGCUCAACUAGACACACACACACACACACACACACACACACACACACACACACACUGAGAGACUGCUCAACUGAAAAAGACAUACACAUGUACACAUGCACAUCAUGCUGCUCAA